AUGGAUGAGGCAGGCAGCUCAGGGUCUCUUGAGAAUUUCAGCAUCCACCAGCAGAAUCCCGGUCCCACAGAGCUCCUGGAUAUUGAGAACAUAUCAGGAAAAUAUGCAAAACUUUCUAAGCACCCUAAAGUCAGGAAUGUGUUCAACCUGCAUUUUCCAAACAGGACUUACCACAGCUUCUUUGCUUACAAGGAGAAUGUGAUACAGAACUGGGCUGCUGAUAUCCUGUCCAUUGCUUACAACCCAUCGAGGACCAACGCAUUCAGACAUAUCUUCAUGGACAAAAUGUAUGUCCGUAUCUCCCUUCAGACCAAUAAGGAUGUUAAGAUCCCUGUCAAAAAUGUUUACAAGAUGUUUCUAGCCGAUAAGAAGAGGAUGGAGAGUGCUCUGGCUUCAGCACACCUCCCCACAAUUCUGAGGUGACACUAUGAACUGGACAUCUUCCAUGAAGCUGCUUUCAAGUUCUUCCUGAUGAGUCUUUGUCCCUGGCCUGAGAUAUAUGAGAUAUUCACAUCCUAGUAAGUGAAAUUCGAAAUUGACCGAGCAUGGUUCCCUGGCUUAGGGUUUGGCGUGGUCAACAAGAAGCAGCGUUACCCCCGCCUCACUGAAGAGCUCUUCUCCCGUAUCGGACCUGACCAGGUGAAGGCCCUCAUCGAAAAGUAUGAGCCCUGCUCCUCCAACGCCAACAGAGGAGAGAUACACAUAGAUGCACUGUUCUAUCUGACAUCUGUGGUAAAACUGGACAAACUGGCCAAGUGUCAGGACAUGAGCCAACCGCUGCCACAUUGCCUAAUCAAGUCCAACACAUACCAGACAGUGGGUCAGUUUUCCGGUGUGUCGGCACCCCAGUGUCUGCUGGCCGGCUGCCGUUGCCUGGAGCUGGACUGCUGGAAGGGAAAACCACUGGAUGACGAACCCAUCAUCAUCCACGGAUUCACCAUGGCAACCGAGAUCCUGUUCAAAGUCAGGUGUCACUACACACAGACCUCAUUACACCCUCUCAUUAUCCUGUGGACAGAGAAAAACAAGAGCUACCUCAUCUCAUCUUUUGUGGAGACCAAAGGGGACCAAAUGAUAUCCAAGACUGCAGUGGAGUUUAUGGGGUAUCAUAACAGGCAGAUGAGAAUAAUCUACCCUAAAGGAACCAGACUGUCCAACUACAGCCCACAGCCCUUCUGGAAUGCUGGCUGCCAGAUGGUGGCGCUCAACUAUCAAACUAUGGAUUUCCUAAUGCAGCACAACAUGUCUUUAUUUGAAUUCAACAGAAGGACAGACUACCUCCUCAAUCACGACCUCUUCUGCGGUAGUAACAAGAAGUUUGACCCCUACUGUGACAGGAUCGACACCAUCGUUGACAACACACUGACCAUCAAGAUCUAUUCAGGCCCGUUUCUGUCAGACAAGAGUGUGAAGACAGGCGUUAAGAAGUACCGGACCAAGUUGUAUCCCAUACCGAACACCAUUAACCCAGUGUGGAACGAGGAACCAUUUGUUUUUGAGAAGAUCCUGCUGCCUGACAUGGCCUCCCUCAGGAUCGUGGUUCACGAGGAGGGCGGGAGGUUUCUGGGCCACAGGAUCAUUCCCACUGAGGCCUUUCAGUCAGGCUUCCAGCACAUCUGUCUGCGCAGCGAGAGCAACAUGCCGCUCACUCUGACAGCUCUCUUUGUGUACAUCAAGGUCAAGGACUAUAUCCCUGCUGCUUUUGCAGAUUUCAAAGAUGCCUUAUUCAACCCAACAAAGAAUUAUGAGAAGGCAACAAAGACAACAGAGGAUUCAUCAGCAGACUACGUCUCCCCCUAUGAGGCGCCCCUUGUCAACAUAACACAGACUGUGGGGGAGGAGACUGUAUUUUCAGAAACAGAGCCUGAGGGCCUCCCUAAGGUUGACCCAGAGGCUGAACCAGCCACAGAGUUGACUCCUGACCCCAAGGUCAUCCCUACCCCUGAUCCAGAUGUUGAAUCCACCACAGGAGAGCUGUCCACAGUUGCCUGUGAGGACAUAAAGGAACUGGAGAAGAAGUUCCAGAAGAAAGUAGAGCAGCUCAUCCAGAAAUACAGUGACACAUUCAAAGCGCUCAAGAAGAACGCCAUGAAGAAAAAAUAUUAA